AUGUCACCACAAUCCCUGCCCGAGUCUCCACCCCUCCUCGCCAAUAAUCAAUCCCCAAUACUCCCUCAAUCCGACUCCCUCAUCGAUCCCGACCACCCAGACGCCCCCCUGCCGAUCGAUGAACCCUACCAUGACGAUCCAGACCAAAGACCAGAGUAUCUUGUCCGGUACGAGCCACGACCCAUCGACGAUGAAGACGGUGAUCAGGAGGGAGAAGAUCUUGCUGCGGAAAUGGCUCGGCCUAGAAAGGCGUGGCGGGCGAGACUGAGGGUAUUCUGGUUGAGGAAUAUGGGGAUGUUUCUCGUUCUGCUGGCGCAGAUGUUUGGGGCUAGUAUGAAUGUUAUGACGCAGAUUUUGGAGAUUCAUAGUUCCAUGCAUCCGUUUCAGGUGCUCUUCGCUCGCAUGUCCAUCACGGCCGUCGCCAGUUACUUCUACAUGUGGUACGCCAAGGUGCCCGCUCCCUUUGGCACCCGUCCCGUCCGUACAUUACUCCUCCUCCGCGCGACGUUCGGUUUCCUGGGUGUCUACGGACUCUACUAUUCCGUGCAAUACCUACCUCUCUCCGAAGCAACGGUGAUCACUUUCCUCGCUCCGAUUCUCACCUGUUACGCCUGUUCCCUGCUCAUCCCGGGGGAGACAUUUUCUCGGCGACAGCAACUAGCCGCCAUCGUCUCGCUCGCCGGUGUGGUUCUCAUCGCGAGACCGUUCUCGAAGCGUGAUGGCGCGGGUAUGGGUGAUAAUGCGGGUACAACGGCUGAAGACGAGAGUCCCGACGACGCAGAUGCAUUCCACCACGUUCUCGCGACGGUGGUCGCGUUCGUAGGUGUCCUCGGUGCAUCGGGCGCGUACACUACCAUCCGAAUGAUCGGUCGACGGGCGCAUCCACUCGUCUCGGUGACUUAUUUCUCCAGCGUGACGACGGUCAUCUCGCUAUUUGCCAUGGUCGCAGUCCCCUGGGUUCCAUUCCGGCUGCCCUCAACGGUCACGGAAUGGACUCUGCUAACCGGGCUGGGUGUGUGCGGGUUCCUGCUGCAAUUCUUGCUCACGGCGGGACUGAGUUACGUACCACCGGCCAGUGUGCGAGUUGCCGGGGCGAAGGCGAGUCAAGGCUCCAAGGCGACGAAUAUGGUAUACAUGCAGAUGCUGUUUGCCUUGUUCUAUGACAAGGUUGUCUGGGGCAGUACGCUGUCGCCGGUGAGUUGGGCGGGGUCCGUGCUGAUCCUGGCAUGUGCGGUUUAUGUUGCGGUUGCGCAGGAGGAGCGGAAGGAGGAGAAGAAGAAGCCCAAAGCGGAGGGAGAUGGUGAAGAGGAUCGGCGAUUCAAUGAUCGGGAUGACGAGGAGGCGCUUGUGGCUGCACGGGAGGAAGAGUAA